GCCUGACUCCAGUAAGGCCUCACCAGCGCCCCCCCAGACUGUGUCUGACCUCAUCAAAGAUGGCUGUUGGAAGAGCCCCCUCUUAUUAGGCUCCCAUCCCUCAUCCUUCACUGGAGUGCUCGUUCGCCUCUGAGAUGGCCGCGGCUGAGCUGGAGUACGAGUCUGUCCUCUGCGUGAAGCCUGAUGUCAACGUGUACCGCAUCCCGCCGCGAACCUCCAACCGCGGAUACAGGGCAUCUGACUGGAAACUGGAUAAUCCGGACUGGACAGGGAGACUUCGUGUCACCUCCAAAGGCAAAACAGCAUAUGUAAAACUAGAGGAUAAGGUUUCAGGGGAGCUCUUUGCUCAGGCUCCCAUAGACCAAUAUCCCGGCAUUGCAGUGGAGACUGUGACAGAUUCCAGCCGUUAUUUUGUGAUUCGGAUUCAGGAUGGGACUGGACGAAGUGCUUUUAUAGGCAUUGGUUUCACAGAUCGUGGUGAUGCCUUUGACUUCAAUGUGUCUUUGCAGGAUCACUUCAAGUGGGUGAAGCAGGAAACUGAGAUCUCCAAGGAGACCCUAGAAGCUGACACACGUCCUAAAUUAGAUUUAGGGUUCAAGGAAGGGCAGACCAUCAAACUGAACAUUGGGAACAUGACAACAAAGAAAGGAGGAGCAGCCAAGCCUCGUGUGUCUGGAUCAGGGGGCCUAAGUCUGCUGCCACCCCCACCAGGAGGCAAAAUUGCAGUCCCUUCCAUCCCUCCCCCUUCUUCCACGUCUAUUGCCAACCAUGUCACACCACCACCCGUGCUGAAAUCCAGUAACAUGAGCAAUGCAGAUUUCAGUUAUUUCCUCUUCUUCUGCCUUAGAUAUUCUGUUAGACUUAGAUGCUCCUGCAUGUGCAUCCAAGACACCAACAUCAACUACCACGGAUGUCUGGGGAGACUUCAACGCUGCAUCCAGUGGUGUUCCUAAUCAGGCUCCUCAACAGUCCAACUGGGUCCAGUUCUGAAUGGUGAAAGCAGUGAAAUGGAAUAAACUGAUGACCAAGAGUGUAGAGGCACCAAAUGGAGUCACAGGGGGCACAAGUCUCUCUAGUCUGCAAUCAAAAACAAGUCAGGACAAUUUUUUUUUUUUUUUUAAGCCAGAUCUUUACUUCAGUCAAAACUUACUAUUUUUGAUCCCACAGUGAAACCCACUGAACCUAAAGAGAAUAUACUGACUCCUCACAAGGUGAGCAAAGGGAAGAGAGCCUCAUCUCUUCUACUCACUUGGCUGUUGCAUGGUACAUCCUAGCUCUUCCCUAUUUUUCCGUAUAAGGAAAGCAAGAGGAAAGUGCGUACAGGAGGAGACUGGGUAGAUGUCUCUGGGUUCCUCGUCCUUUAAAUUUUUUUGGUUACAGACUGUUGCUUUCUGCAUCCGCUUCCAAUAGCAACUUGAGUUGCUGUGGAUUGGCCUACAGUGCUGAAGGCUGCAAUUUUAAAUGGAAGCUUUAAGCUAUCAUGUUUCUCCCGAGUCUUAACACAAAAUGCCAUUUGAUUAAUUAUGUCAGUGGUGAAGAGUGAAUCUUGCCACACAUGCAGUGCUCUUCCUUUCUUUAGUGCAAUUCUUGAUAGUACUGGAUGUUCCUGUGCUCCUAUGGGAGGAAUUAUGCAAGCCCUUGAGUAGACUUGCUGCCCCUGUGAUUUCGCUCCAGCUGGACACCCAAUCAUGAGGCUCCUUGCUUGGCUUGCAGAUUCACUGGAGGAAUUUCUCACUUUCUCUUCUUCCUUUUCCCCCCUUUCUUCAUGGAAAAAACCUCAUUAUCAGUAAGCUGUUUAACUGGAAAUGGCUUUAAAGAAAAAAAAAAAAAAAGCCUGGUUUUGUAAUUAGGUAGUUACUUGCACUAGAUGACAAUCAAGUUAUCCUGCCGCUCAGCAUUUCAUGUUCCUGUGACACUCUCCUGAGCCCUGACCUUUAUUUGUCAAGCGAUACUCAUUGUUAACUUUUCACUGUUACAAGUAUUGCAUAUUCAUGCCACAGUAGGGACCAUGGUGGGACAGUGGAUUAUUUUCCAGUGAAGGGGUAGUCACUCUCCUGUUUUCAUCUUUUACUUAUCACUUGGGCAAGAUAUGUAUGGUAAGUCCAGUGUCCAACUGUGACAGCCAAAUUAUCCCACCUGGGUUCUUUGUGGAUUUUCUUCUAAGAUUAACUUUCUAGGGCUGUGAGCUGGUUCCUGUAACUUGGAAAGUUUGUUUUUGUUUUUUUUUUAAAUGUGCCCUGAAAAUCCUCAAUUUCCUAUAUGGUUCUGUCCUCUUUGGAAAAGUUUCAGAAGGCCCUUUGUACACUAUUUCAUCUUCAGCAGCUGUGGAUGUGAUCUGGGGUGUAAGUCUGCUGAUAGCUUUAGGUAAAGCCUGCUGGCAGGCUAAAAAUCUCCCAAGCACCUCCAUGCUAACUGUCAAGCAAAACACUAGCCAGGAUGAUGGUGGCAAUGACUAGAACACUAGCGCUUUGGUGCUUCACUAGAAGGCUUCUUCCCAUUUUCAACAGUAAACCAGCCCAGCAGCAACACUUUUGUAACUAGGAUAUGCAAGUAAAUUGUGCCCUGUAGGAUUAAGGUUUCCUGGUGAGGAUGGUUAAAAGAGAGAGUAGUUAGUUGUAUGUACCUUGCAUUUGCAAAGCUCUGAGGUCUGUUUUAUCCUUUUACUACAUUAAGGGCAUUAUGGGGACUACAUUUCACUGAGACCAUCAUUCUUGGAAGCAAAACUAUUUUUUGAAAAUAGCCCUGCACUUCUGCUUGUGGUAGUGGGGACCAGACUGCUCUUGGAUGUAUUUUAAGCACUCAUUCAGUCCUAAUAACUUGUCUCUCUUGGUGUUCCCCUGCUUCUCACUUCCUUCCACCCUCCUCCCCCCACACCUUCCAAGACAUUUCCACAGUCUUACUAUACGUAAGCUCCUCGCCUGCUCAGAAUCUGUGGGUGGCUAUAGUAUGCUAGCUAAGCCAUGGACUCUACUGGUUGGCUUUUUUUUUUUUUCCCUUCCCUUAUAGCAUUGGCAGGUCCUGUCAUUUCAACUACAUAUCAGUUCUCCAAACCAAGGAUGUUCGUAGCACCAAUUAAAACUAAUUAGGAGCCUCUUCCAUGUUGUCUUAGUAUCCUGGAGAUAAUAUAUUAUGUAUUUGAAAAGCUAAAAAAGCAAAAAUUAAAGAUAUGUAUAUAAAGCAUAAAAUGUACUGGUGAAAUGGUAAUUAAAUGAGUAAUCUUGGGGAAAAGAA